AUGGCGGAAUUUUUUACUUUUGGUGCAAAGGAAAUAGUGAAGAAAGUUGCUUCACUUGCCGCUCAAGAAAUCAGUCUUGUAUGGGGAUUCCAAGGAGAGCUAACAACUCUGCGUGAAUCAUUGUCAGUGACAGAAGCUAUGUUACGAGAUGCGGAACAAUCACAAGUUCGGGGUGAAGCUGUCGAAAUGUGGGUGCAGAAGCUUGAAGACAUAGCCCAUGAUGCUGAUGAUGUGCUGGAUGACUACGGAUAUGAGCUUCUCCGGCGUAAGGUAGAACUCCAAAACCAAAUGAACAAAAAGGCACUCAACUUCUUUUCACUCCACAAUCCUGUUGCAUUUCGUCUCAAAAUUGCACACAAAAUUAAGAAGAUCAAUGCAUCUUUGGCGAAUCUGAGGAAUGAGGCCGCUAGUGUUGGGCUAUUUGCUAGGCCGACAUUCAUCGAUGCAACCUCUCGUGAUGUAGGACUGGUACUUGACAGGGAAACUGUCUCCGGAUUUCAUUUGGAUGAAAAGUACAUCGUUGGAAUGGAGGAGCUUGUGUCGGAUAUAGUUACAGCCUUAAUCAACUCAAGCAACAACCGAGAGACUCAUCCUUGUGUUAUGGCCAUUGUGGGAAUGGCAGGCCUGGGAAAGACCACUUUGGCUAAAGCAAUAUAUCAUGAAAAUGAGAUAGAUAGCUACUUCAACACAAAAAUAUGGAUAUGUGUCUCUACCCCUUUUGACGUCAAGACAAUUUUAAGUGGGAUCUUGGAGUAUCUUGAACCAGCAAAGGCUGGGGUAAAAGGUAAGGCAGCAAUAUGUGAAAACCUCCAAGAAGAUUUAAAGGGAAAACAAUAUCUUCUCAUUCUCGAUGAUGUAUGGAACGAGGAUGGUAAAAAAUGGGAAGAUUUGAUGAGUUGUUUGUUAAAUAUCAAAGAUACUCAAGGAAGCAGCAUCCUUGUCACUACUCGCAGUGCUAGUGUUGCAUCGAUCGUCCAGACACUUCCAAUGCCUGAUCUGAGAAAACUAAAAGAUGAUGAAUGUUGGCUCAUAUUGAAGAAUAAAGCGCUUUCAGAUAGGAGUGCUCCUUUAAGUGAAGAUCAAGAGAGAAUUGGAAGGGACAUAGCCAAAAAGUGUGGAGGUCUACCCUUUAUGGCAAAGGCAUAUCUGUGGAAUAAAUAUGAAUCUUAUAUUUAA